GCAGGAAGCAAGCGAGUGGGCUGAAGAUGGAGUCUAACAUGUGACUCAAUCAGAACAUCACAUACGGCAUGAAAUACAAGUUAGGGGAAACAUUCAGCCUUUGCAAAGCUAGUGUUCGCCUUUGGUUGACGCUGCCUGAGAGGGUCACGUGACAUCACAGCAGCUGCUCGGCGGAAUGAAGGUUCAAAAUGAUGACAUCAUAAAGGCCUCCAUUUCUGGAAUGCGACAGUGGCCUCGACUUUAUAUCAGCGAGAGGCUCUCACCCGAAAUAAAGACAAUGAACAAGCGACAUCUUGCAAUAGAAGAGGAUGACCUCUACUCCGGCUACAAUGACUACAGUCCAUUGUUUGACUGCAAGGAGCUGGACGCUGAUAUGGGCUUUCAAGAAGCAGUCAGGAGCAGUCAUGGAAGGAAAUCCUUCAUGCAGUCGAGCACCGCACGUCUUCCUGACAUUAAUACAGGGGGGCGACCUUUAAGUUCUUCAUCUGGAUCGAGGACGCCCAUGCCGUCAUCAGGUAGCAGAGCCGUGACGGGAGCUGUGCAGAGUGGCGCAGCUCGCCCCAUGUCGGCCAUCAGCGCAGCAGGUUACUCGUCCUCCCCCACCCGCUCUUCUGUCUUUGACCCUCUGGGCCAGUCCAGAGGCCCAGCACCCCCACUUGAAGAAAAGAAAGACGACACGCCUGAGGAGAAGAUCAAGAUGUUGGAGAAGAAAGUCAACGACUUGACGACGGAGAGCUGCAUGGCACACAGCGUGGGCAACUCCCAACUGGCUCUAGAAAAAGCCAAAGAGGCUGAGAGGAAGGAGAGAGCGCUGGUGAGGCAGAGGGAGCAGUCUGGCAACGUAGAACAAAUCAACAUAGAUCUGACGUAUGCUGUUCUUCUCAACCUGGCUAACCAGUAUGAAAACAAUGAGAUGUAUCCAGAGGCCCUGAGUAGCUACCAGCUCAUUGUGAAGAACAAGAUGUUCCCCAACGCAGGACGUUUGAAGGUCAACAUGGCCAACAUCUUUGUCAAGCAGGAGAACUAUCCCAAAGCCAUUAAAUUCUACCGGAUGGCGCUGGACCACAUCUCAGACGACUACAAGGAGAUGAGGAUCAAGAUCAUGCAGAACAUCGGCACCGUCUUUGUCCUGCUGGGCCAGUACUCGGACGCCAUCACGUCUUUCGAGCACAUCAUGAGCAAGAGUCCCAACAUCAGGACCGGCUACAACCUCGUCCUGUGCUACUACGCCACAAGAGACGGGGAUGGCAUGAAGAACGCCUUCCAGAAGCUCCUCUCUGUCCCGCUGGGCAUCGACGAUGAUGACAAGUACAUCUCGGCUAACGAUGACAUCAAAUCAAACAUGUUGAUUGAGGCCAUUAAGGAUGACAAGCUCCACCAAAUGGAGAGAGAAUUGAAAGCUCGGGCUGAGAAGUACGUGAUGACGGCCGCCAAGCUCAUCGCUCCAGCCAUCGAGGCUUCCUUCGCUAGCGGAUUUGACUGGUGUGUUGAUUUGGUGAAGAGCUCCCAGUAUGUGCAGCUGGCCAACGACUUGCAGUUAAAAAAGGCCAUGACCUUUUUCAGGCAGAUGCACUUUGACCAGGCAAUGAAAAUCCUGAAGGAAGUAGCCAAGCAGGACAGCAGAGUGAAGAGCGCCGCCUCCAACAACCUCUCCAGCCUCUUUAUCCUGGAAAAGGACUAUGAGCAGGCAGAGCGAUACGCCGAUCUGGCUAUGAGCGCCGACCGCUACAACCCAGGAGCUUUCGUAUGCAAGGGCAACACCGAGUUUGUCAAACAGGACUACGUGAAGGCAGCAGAGUUCUUCAAGGAAGCUCUGAGGAACGACUCCUCCUGCACUGAGGCUCUUCGAAACCUGGGUCUCACCUACAAGAAGCUGAAUCGUCUGGAGGAUGCCCUGGACUGCUUCUUGAAGCUCCACGCCAUUCUUAGGGAUAGCGCUGAGGUCAUGUAUCAGCUGGCCGACACUUAUGAGCUUCUGGAAGACCCCCAGCAGGCUAUAGAGUGGUUGAUGCAAGUCAUCAGCGUGGUCCCCAAUGACCCCAAGGCUUUGGCCAAACUGGGGGAUCUGCACGACCUGGAGGGGGACAAGUCCCAGGCAUUGCAUUACUACUGUGAGUCCUUCAGACUCUUCCCUUGCAACAUGGAGGUGAUUGAGUGGUUGGCGGCCUACUAUGUCCAGACGCAGCUCUAUGAGAAGGCCAUUCAGUACUUCGAGAGAGCCAUACUUGUACAACCAAGCGAGGUGAGGUGGCAGCUCAUGGUGGCCAGCUGUUACAGAAGAAGCGGAAACAGCCAAAAAGCCCUAGAAACAUACAAAGAAGUCCACCGCAGGUUUCCAGACGACGCUCAAUGUCUACGCUUCCUGGUGAGGCUAAGUCAGGACAUGGGCCUGAAGGAGGUCCAAGACUACAUCGCCAAGCUGAAGAAGGUUGAGAAGAUGAAGGAACUCAGAGAGCAGAGGGCAAAGGCUGAGCGAGAGGGCAGCAGAAGCAGGAGAGCAGACAGCGCUGACAGUCCUGACAGCGUCCACAGCAGCAGCAACAACAAAGGAGAGCGUUUGGGCGCCCAGGUGAUGUCACUUCCUGCUUCCAACGAGCCCUACGAGAGCAGCAGCCCCAAAGAACUGGACGCUUCCUACGUGGACCCACUAGGACCACCUGCAGACACACCCAGGACGGGGGUCAAGAAACGAGCGGAUGACGACGUCUUUGCGGGUGAAGAUGUCGGCGAGGAGCUGCUGCCCGAGUAGCGUGUCUGUCAUGUGUGGCAAAUA